GGUCGUGUAGGACGUCGUAGCUUUUGCGUUUGCGCCGCGCUAGAUAUACGUAGCGUAUCGCAAGGAGUGAAGAUCAGAUUUUUGGCGGUCGGAUUCCCGGUCGAGUGUUUAAAUCCGAAUUUAUUUGAUACCGAUGUGAAUCGCGCUCGUUUCAGGAAAUAUUCAGGUCGGAUUUUCGGGGGUGGGGGAGGUCGACACUUAUGCGGAAAAUGUUCUGUUCCUCAAGCUAAAAUUUAAGAUGACGCAUACGGUCUACGUGUGGAGUUUCCUUUUUGUUUUCGUCGCUGCAUUUGUAAACGUCGGGCGCGCGGUCAAAAUAAACAGACUCAAGGUGCCGCAAAUAAUAAAACACGGCUCGGAAGCCAUCUUGGACUGUGAUUUUAGCAUAGACGAAAGUGACAGCGACCUGGUCGUCAAGUGGUACUUCAACAAGACGCUCGUCUAUCAGUGGAUACCAAGCACCAAGAUGCGACCCCAAGGACUCGGAAUACUCAAGGACCGUCUCAAUUUAGAGUACCAGGCGAGCGUAGACGUGAACAGCAUCCACAGGGCGCUGCACAUUCUCAAGGCCGGGCCCGAUUUAUCGGGGAAUUACACAUGCUCGGUGUCGACGUUGGAAGGCGAGGACAUUAGGACGAAGAGCAUGCUGGUAUUGGUUUCCGAGAAAUUUUUCGAGUUGAAGCGUGUAAGGGCCGACGACGGCUACAUCAAGGUCCAAUGUCUCGCCGAUGGCGUGUUCCCGAAACCGGUCAUGAGUCUACAUUCGCAAGAGAGGGAAAUAACGGAAGCGGUGGUGACGUCACGGCAGAUCGGGCACCUCUACGAAAUAUCGGCGAUCGCUACCCUGCCGGCACUUGAGAAGCCCGAGGAGUUUUCCUGCAAGCUGCAUAUCCCGCAGGCGAACUACACGACGCGUCGCGAGACGGUGUUCUAUCCCGGAAACGGGGCCGUUACGGAAUCGAGCGCUAGAUGGCUCACCAUAUCGCUGUGCUCGUUUAGCUUGUACGCCGGCCUGCGAGCCACCUACUUAGGUGGUGGCGCGUUUUAACGGCGAAACAAGGAACGAGAAACCCGGCAUCACAUCAAUAACUAAAUAAAUGUCUUCUCUGUCUCUAAGUUGGUAAAACGGUGUUUCGACGUACGCUUUUUUGUUAUAUCCAGAGGGUCCAUCGGGACCGAUAAGCUGGAAGUUUUUAUCGGCCAGGGAGGAUCGAAAACGCCCAAAAUUCAGAUUAAAUCAGGGCCUGAUCAAGAUUCACUAUUUUCGAAAAUAUUUCGUUAAAUCUGGCAACAACGUCAGAACUCUCGUCGCGUUAAAACUUCUAGGCGAAUCGUGACCCGUUCCAACGACAACCAAAAUCACCGUAAUAUACGUAAAUGAAUAGUUUUUAUUGGAAAUUGUGAGCACUGAAUGGCGAAUGAAAAUGUUACUUGUACAUAUUAGUGAAAAAAAAGGAAGAUGAAGAUGAAUUUUAUAUUUCGUAUUUAUAAAAUGAUUUAUUCGACUGGCUUUUUCCGACUUGCGUUCCCGUUGAUUUUUGGUUAAGGAAAGGGACGCGUUCAGACGCGUUGCGCCGCGUCUGAACGCUCGUAGCGAUCGAUAUUAGACCUAAAAAAAUGUAUAUGGAUGUUUACUAAAUAAACUACCUAUUUGUGAUAAAAUUUUAUUCGAUUCCAUGUUGUAUAUGAAAUUCAAAUUUUUUCCAAUAAUUUAUUAUAUGUUGGCCGUUGUAAAUAAUCUAUUACGUAGCUUAAAUAAAUAAAA